AAACAUCCCCAUUGGCCACUGGCUGACCUGCCCGGCAGGGCCCGUCCCCUUGGUGUUGCGAUUGGCUAGCGGGAGGGCUUCCGGUGACCCAUUUCCGGUCCUUUUGCUGUGGGAUCUGGGCUCCUGGGGUCGCUGAAGGAUUUUAAGAUGGCUGGAAGAAAACUUGCUUUAAAGACCAUUGACUGGGUAGCUUUUGGGGAGAUCAUCCCCCGAAACCAGAAGGCCAUUGCUAACUCCCUGAAAUCUUGGAAUGAGACCCUUACCACCAGGUUGGCUGCUCUACCUGAAAAACCACCUGCCAUCGACUGGGCUUACUACAAGGCCAAUGUAGCUAAGGCUGGCUUGGUAGAUGACUUUGAGAAGAAGUUCAAUGCCCUGAAGGUUCCUGUGCCAGAAGAUAAAUAUACAGCCCUGGUGGAUGCUGAAGAGAAAGAAGAUGUUAAAAGUUGUGCUGAGUUUGUGUCUCUCUCAAAUGUCAAAAUUGAGGAAUAUCAGAAAGAGCUGGAAAGGCUGAGAAACAUAAUUCCAUUUGAGCUGAUGACCAUCGAGGACCUGAAUGAAGCCUUCCCAGAAACUAAAUUAGACACGAAGAAGUAUCCCUAUUGGCCUCACAGGCCAAUCGAAAGUUUAUAAACUCAAGUCUGGGAGAAAACCCUAACCCUUGUGUCAUGAGCUCUGGACAUUAAAAAUAAUUACAUAGUU